GGCCCCCUGUAGCCCCCUGCUCCGCUCCCCUCUCCCCCGGGUUCCCCUGUCCCCAGCGCCCCUCGGUGCCCCUGGAGCCCCCCAGUGCCCGGUGCCCGCCGCCAUGAGCGAGCUGAAGGACUGCCCGCUGCAGUUCCACGACUUCAAGUCGGUGGACCACGUGAAGGUGUGCCCCCGGUACACGGCUGUGCAGGCCCGCUCGGAGGAUGACGGCAUCGGCAUCGAGGAGCUGGACACGCUGCAGCUGGAGCUGGAGACGCUGCUCUCCUCCGCCAGCCGCCGCCUCCGCGUCCUGGAGGCUGAGACACAGAUCCUGACAGACUGGCAGGAUAAGAAGGGUGACCGGCGAUUCCUGAAGCUGAGCAAGGACCACGAUGUGGGCACAUCUGUCAAACAUGGGAAGCCCAAGAAGCAGAAGCUGGAGGGCAAAGGGGGCCAUGGGACUGGGCCUGGCCCUGGCCGGCCCAAGUCCAAGAACCUGCAGCCCAAGAUCCAGGAAUAUGAGUUCCAGGAUGAUCCCAUUGAUGUGCCCCGCAUUCCCAAAAAUGAUGCUCCAAACAGGUUCUGGGCAUCAGUGGAGCCAUACUGUGCCGAUCUCACUAAUGAGGAGGUCAGAGUCCUGGAGGAGCUGCUCAAGCCGCCUGAGGAUGAGGCUGAGCAUUACAAGAUCCCGCCACUGGGGAAGCAUUAUUCCCAGCGCUGGGCACAGGAGGACCUGCUGGAGGAGCAGAAGGAUGGAGCCCGGGCAGCAGCUGCUGCUGACAAGAAGAAAGGUGUCCUGGGGCCACUGACUGAGCUGGACACCAAAGAUGUCGAUGCCCUCUUGAAGAAGUCAGAGGCCCAGCACGAGCAGCCAGAGGAUGGGUGUCCCUUCGGUCCUCUAACGCAGCGUCUCCUGCAGGCCCUUGUGGAGGAAAACAUCAUCUCCCCCGUGGAGGACUCCCCCAUCCCUGAGAUCGCCGGCAAGGACUCAGGAGCCGACGGUGCCGGCACGUCUCCCCGCAGCCAGAACAAGCCCUUCAGCGUCCCCCACACCAAGUCCCUAGAGGGGCGGAUCAAGGAGGAGCUGGUGGCUCAGGGCCUGCUGGAGUCAGAGGACCGCCCAGCCGAGGACUCGGAGGAUGAGGUGCUGGCGGAGCUGCGAAAGAGGCAGGCGGAGCUCAAGGCCCUCAGCGCUCACAACCGCACCAAGAAGCACGAGUUGCUGCGGCUGGCCAAGGAGGAGCUGCACCGGCAGGAGCUGCGACAGCGUGUCCGUAUGGCUGACAACGAGGUGAUGGAUGCCUUCCGCAAGAUCAUGGCUGCCCGGCAGAAGAAGCGCACGCCCACCAAGAAGGAGAAGGACCAGGCUUGGAAGACCCUGAAGGAGCGGGAGAGCAUCCUCAAGCUGCUGGAUGGGUAGCAGGGGCCAAGGACCGCCCUCUCUGUGUGGACCUCACCUGCAGGGUGCUGCCCUGCCUGUGCUCUGGCUGUACCACGCCAGUGCAGGAUGGAGUGGGCGCAGCCUUCCGCAUGCCCUGGGCCUACUCAGCCUCCUCACCUGUGAGACA